UGUGGGAACUGAAAUCCAGGCUAAAUUCCUGCCAGGUACAGCAGGCCUGAGUCUCUCCAACCUGUGUCACGUUGAUCACUUUACAACGUUCAGAUGUGGGAUUCCUUUCCCCUGGAACACUUUCAUUUCCGGCUUCCGUUGGAAGACAAGUCUCCACAGGUCUCAUGUUUCUGUAUGCCACCCAGAGACACUGCCUUUUUUGUACUGUCUUUUCAAGGACGUUUCUACGAUGAACAGCCUCAGAAGGCAGAGAUAAUGUCUCCCUCCAGGCAAAGAUCUGGCAAUCUUACUCUUCAUUAUAAAAGAUUUGGGUUCCCUAAGCUUCCUCCUGUGGCCCACAUCAUGUAGGCUUUUGGGAAUUAAGGCUCAGGAAACUGGCCCAAAUGACUAUAAUCUGACUAUUGCCAUUGCUGUUAGUAAUAAACUGUCCGUUGAGUCAAGAGUUUCAUCUACCAGCAUUCCUGAAACUGUGGCAUGCUAACAUGUGUUGACUAGAAAAAAAAAAAAAAGCACAACUUAAAAGUUGAGAAUUACAUCUUACUUGGCGGACAAAACAGAGGACUUAAGCCCUGAGGGACUGCUUGCUCCAAAGAGACCCUGGCAUUACCUGGUGCUAAGAACACGGCUGAUCGGUGGACGGGAUGAACAAGUCAGAGCUCCAGCAGUCCGUGAGCUCCGUCAGGUGGGUUGACUGCGAUGUGCCGGUCCUAGCUGCCGUCUGAGAGGAUGUCCGGGGUUUCUGAGACCCUGAGCCGAGUGAAGGUGGGCACGUUACGUCGGCCUGAAGGCCCCCCAGAGCCCAUGGUGGCAGUGCCAGUAGACGUGGAAAAGGAAGACGUGCGGAUCCUCAAGGUCUGCUUCUAUAGCAACAGCUUCAACCCUGGGAAGAACUUCAAACUAGUUAAAUGCACUGUGCAGACCGAGAUCCGGGAGGUCAUCACCUCCAUCCUGCUGAGCGGGCGGAUCGGGCCCAACAUCCAGCUGGCGGACUGCUACGGGCUGAGGCUGAAGCACAUGAAGUCGGAUGAGAUCCACUGGCUGCACCCGCAGAUGACGGUGGGCGAGGUGCAGGACAAGUACGAGUGUCUACACAUGGAAGCUGAGUGGAGGUAUGACCUUCAAAUCCGCUACCUGCCAGAGGACUUCAUGGAGAGCCUGAAAGAAGACAGGACCACACUGCUUUAUUUUUACCAACAGCUCCGCAAUGACUACAUGCAACGCUAUGCCAGCAAGGUCAGCGAGGGCAUGGCCCUGCAGCUGGGCUGUCUGGAGCUCAGGCGGUUCUUCAAGGACAUGCCCCACAACGCACUGGACAAAAAGUCCAACUUCGAGCUCCUGGAGAAAGAAGUGGGGCUGGACCUGUUUUUCCCAAAGCAGAUGCAGGAGAACUUAAAGCCCAAGCAAUUCCGAAAGAUGAUCCAGCAGACGUUCCAGCAGUAUGCCUCGCUCCGGGAGGAGGAGUGUGUCAUGAAGUUCUUCAACACCCUCGCGGGCUUUGCCAACAUCGACCAGGAGACCUUUCGCUGUGAACUCAUUCAAGGAUGGAACAUUACUGUGGACCUGGUCAUCGGCCCUAAAGGCAUCCGCCAGCUGACAAGUCAAGAUGCAAAGCCCACCUGCCUGGCCCAGUUCAAGCACAUCAAGUCCAUCAGGUGCCUCCCGCUGGAGGAGGGCCAGGCGGUACUGCAGAUAGGCAUUGAAGGCGCCCCUCAGUCCUUGUCCAUCAAAACCUCCUCUCUGGCAGAGGCCGAGAACAUGGCUGACCUCGUAGAUGGUUACUGCCGGCUGCAGGGGGAGCACAAAGGCUCUCUCAUCAUUCGACCCAAGAAAGGUGUGUUUCCACUUGAAGAUGGUGAGAAGCGGAACAGCCUGCCCCAGAUCCCCACACUAAACCUGGAGACUCGGCGACCCCACCUCUCCGAAAGCUGCAGCAUAGAAUCAGACAUCUAUGCAGAGAUUCCCGACGAGACCCUGCGAAGACCAGGAGGCCCACAGUAUGGCAUUGCCCGGGAAGAUGUGGUCCUGAAUCGUAUUCUUGGUGAAGGCUUUUUUGGGGAGGUCUAUGAAGGUGUCUACACGAGUCACAAAGGGGAGAAAAUCAACGUGGCUGUGAAGACCUGCAAGAAAGACUGCACUCUGGACAGCAAGGAGAAGUUCGUGAGUGAGGCAGUGAUCAUGAGGAACCUGGAUCACCCGCACAUCGUGAAGCUGAUCGGCAUAAUUGAAGAGGAGCCCACCUGGAUCGUCAUGGAACUGUACCCCUACGGGGAGCUGGGCCACUACCUGGAGCGAAACAAGAACUGCCUGAAGGUGCUCACUCUUGUCCUGUACUCGCUGCAGAUCUGCAAGGCCAUGGCCUACCUGGAGAGCAUCAACUGUGUCCACAGGGACAUCGCUGUCCGGAACAUCCUGGUGGCCUCACCUGAGUGUGUGAAGCUGGGGGACUUUGGCCUUUCCCGGUACAUUGAGGAUGAGGAGUAUUACAAAGCUUCUGUGACGCGUCUCCCUAUCAAAUGGAUGUCCCCCGAGUCCAUUAACUUCCGCCGCUUCACGACGGCCAGUGACGUCUGGAUGUUUGCCGUAUGCAUGUGGGAAAUCCUGAGCUUUGGGAAGCAGCCCUUCUUCUGGCUGGAGAACAAGGAUGUCAUCGGGGUGCUCGAGAAGGGGGACCGGCUGCCCAAGCCUGACCUCUGCCCACCUGUUCUCUACACCCUCAUGACCCGCUGCUGGGACUACGACCCCAGUGAGCGGCCCCGCUUCACUGAGCUCGUGUGCAGCCUCAGUGACAUUUAUCAGAUGGAGAAGGACGUUGCCAUAGAGCAGGAGAGCAACGCUCGCUACCGACCUCCCAAAAUCUUGGAGCCCACGGCCUUCCAGGAACCCCCACCCAAGCCCAGCCGGCCCAAGUACAGACCCCCUCCACAAACCAACCUUCUAGCACCCAAGCUGCAAUUCCAGGUCCCUGAGGGUCUGUGUGCCAGCUCGCCCACGCUCACCAGCCCUAUGGAGUAUCCAUCUCCCGUAAACUCUCUGCACACCCCACCUCUCCACCGGCACAAUGUCUUCAAGCGCCACAGCAUGCGGGAGGAGGACUUCAUCCGACCCAGCAGCCGAGAGGAGGCCCAGCAGCUGUGGGAGGCCGAGAGGGUCAGGAUGCGGCAGCUCCAGGAGAAGCAGCAGAAGCAGAUGGUGGAAGAUUACCAGUGGCUGAGGCAGGAGGAGAGAUCCCUGGACCCCAUGGUUUACAUGAAUGACAAGUCCCCGUUGACCCCAGAGAAGGAGGUCGGCUACACGGAGUUCAUGGGCCCCCCAGAGAAGCCACCGAGGCUGGGCGUGCAGUCCAUCCAGCCCACAGCCAACCUGGACCGGACCCACGACCUGGUGUACCUCAACGUCAUGGAGCUGGUGCGGGCUGUGCUGGACCUCAAGAAUGAGCUCUGCCAGCUGCCCCCCGAGGGCUACGUGGUGGUGGUGAAGAACGUGGGCCUGACGCUGCGGAAGCUCAUCGCGAGUGUGGACGACCUCCUGCCGUCCUUGCCGUCGUCUUCGCGGACAGAGAUCGAGGGGACCCAGAAACUGCUCAACAAGGACCUGGCGGAGCUCAUCAAUAAGAUGCGACUGGCGCAGCAAAACGCCGUGACCUCCCUGAGUGAGGAGUGCAAACGGCAGAUGCUCACCGCCUCCCACACGCUGGCUGUGGAUGCCAAGAACCUGCUGGACGCCGUGGACCAGGCCAAGGUUCUGGCCAACCUGGCCCAGCCGCUGGCAGAGUGAAGAGGGCAACGCCUCCCGCCUGCGUCUCCGCCCCCGCCCGCCGUGUCCCUCCCUGCCCCGGCCCCUGCCUGACCUUCGGUCCUAUGGGUCCCCCCGGGGGGGGGGGGCAGGCGAGGAGAGUCCUCCUUCCCCUGCCAUUUUGCACGUCCCCUCUCCCCACCCCGCCCCCAGACUGUGCUGCUCAGGCCGCAGCUGGACAGAGGUGACUCAGGGCUGCAGACGGCAGGGGGUGACAAAGAGGGCUCAGAGGGAGCGUGGCUGCUGUCCGCCAGCCACCGCUGCCUGGCCUGAGGGGGCCACGCUGGGGCCCCUUGCGGCCACGAUGGCUUUACGCGUCCCGUGAAGGGCGGGCUGACUGGGGAACCAAGCUCUUCUCUUUCCUCCCCCGCCCACGGAGCCCCGCCCACGGAGCCCCGCCCCACGCCGUGCACAGAGGGAGGGGCCGGGAGGGGCUCUCUCUGGGGAGGCGGGCGGCUGGUGCCAAGAGGGAUGGACCUGGCUUUCUUGUACAGUGUAUAGUGGAAUUUAUUUAAUGUGAGUUUGGUCUGGACUGACAGCCGUAUGUGCCCCUGAGGGGAGACCUGGGACAGUCCAGGGACAAGCUACUGGGAGUCGGGACACAGGAGGCUGUGUUGUCCACACGCCAAGAGGGGAGAAGGGGAGAGACGAGGCCAAACUGGACCCGCAUUCCUCGCCCCCUUUCCGUUCUUCCCUCCCUGUCCCCUUCCUUCUCUUUUCUUACUUGUCUUCUCUCCCCCUUUCUCAACCACUCCCUCCCUCCCGUUCUUGUGUUUGUGCAGAACACUCUUUUACCUUCUUUCUAUUUGACUUGUGGAGGAAUUAAAAUUGUACCAUUUGC